AUGGAUAAAUUAUUUUUUGGUAUAUGGAGAAAUGUUUAUUUAAAUGAUCAAAUUUUUCAGCAUUUAAAAUUAAUAAAAAAAAAUAUUUAUAUUAAAUUAAAUAACCAAGAUGAUUUUAAAAAUUUAAAAUUAAAUAUUUAUUAUCCAUUCGUUGUUGAACUGCAUACAAAAAUUUAUUUUAAUUUUGAUGCAUUACCCAACCUAUAUCGUUUACAAAUAGAAAAUAAAAAUAAUAGUUAUAAUAAUAUUUUAGAAAUAAAAAUACCUCAGUCAGUUAAAGAAUUAAUAUAUAAUUUGGAUUCUUGUAUAAAAAUAUCCUCAUCCUCUGUAGAAACAUUAAUAUUUGGUUUUAAAUUUAACCAACCUCUAUCAGCCGGUGUAAUACCACCAUCCGUAGAAACAUUAAUAUUUGGUGAAGAUUUUAAUCAACCUCUCUCAGCCGGUGUAAUACCAUCCUCUGUAAAAAAAAUAAUAUUUGGUGAAUAUUUUAAUCAAAUAAUUACAAAAGAUGUUUUGCCAUGUUCAAUUAAAUACUUAGUUUUUGGUAAUAAAUUUAAAAAAGAGGUUUUUUUACCAGAAUCUGUAAAAAAAGUGUAUUUUGUCAAUAAUGAAUAUGAUUUGGGUUUAUGUGUUUACAACAAAAAUAAAACAAUUUUAGAAAUUAAUAAUAAAAAAUUAAAAAAAAGAAAAAGAGAAUAA